CUAAUUUCAGAGGCCACCACUAAUGCUGGUCACGUAAAAUACAUUGUCGUUUGGAGCCCUGCCUCAUUGUGAGCUUGUUUUCACUUGUAUAGUGUUCGUGACUCGUUGCAUGUGAUUACAUGUGAUAAUUUCGUUCGUGUACUACGAGACACGUGUACCGAUAAUUUUUUACGUUGAAAUACUUAGAGAUCCUCAGAAGUGACGGCAUUUAACAACAAGCACGUUAUUGGUUUGUUGAAAAACAAAAACGCGGAGAUAUACUUUGUAUAUUUUGCACGCGUGCAACCCACAUAGUCGUUGUCGCCGUUUGCCGCUAUCACAACUUUAACCUUCUCACGCCGAUCGUACAAUUUUCUGCGUCUAGUCGAAAAACGUGGGAACGCGGCUACGAUUUUUUAACUUUUUCUCAGAAACGGAAUACGCCUAUACGGUAGAUAGAAAUAUCACGCGAAGCAGAGAGCGACGUCCACCAGGAGUCGAAGCGGUAACAGAAUGAGUCCCCUCAACAGAGGUCCACUCGUAGGUAACCGAUUGCCACCGGGUGGUAUGCGUCCUUUACCGCCACCCAGGUUCGGCGGUAGAUUGGCACCACAUGGUAUGCCGCCGAGGAUGCCGUUGCCGUUGCCGAAUCCGGUAUUCGGCCCGAUGAGACAGAGGUUGCCGUUGCCACCGCGAGCGGCCGGUGUGUCGCGACCCAACGGCCUGCUACCGCUCUUUCCUGGGCCCAGAGCACGUGGUAUGGCACUCGGUGCUGUACCGCCGAUGAUACCACGUGGCGUCGGACCGAUACGUAACUCAAUACGACAUUGGUAUAGGAGAAUACCACCGCCACCGCCACCGCCGCCACAGAUGAUGCCACCUAUGAGACCUAGAUUUGCGGCGGGUAACGGUAACAUCAAAGUCAAAACAAUGAACAACACAAAAAAGAUCAACAAACUUGAAGAAUUAGAAUUAAAGAAGCCAUGGAUGACUGAUGAAAUUCGUAUUGAAAUACAAAAGAAAAAUAAACUAUAUGCUAAAGCAAAAAAGAACAGAAAUGCAGCAGAAUGGGAUGAAUUUAAGGAUCUAAGAAACAAAGUCACUCGGAUGAUAAGGGAUGCAAAAAAUGAGUAUCUUGCAAAGCAUCCUGAACAGGCUUAUCUGUAUCCGGAUGAUGAAGAGUCGUAUGAUCAAAGUGAUGUUGGCUCCGAAAAUAAUACGUCUUAUUAUUGCAAUGUAUGCGAAAUAUUUUUUUCAUCUAAGUAUACUUUCAUCGAACAUAAUGGCACACAUAAAUUUUGCGAUAUUGACGAUAAUACAAUUGUAGAAAUUCCUUUGCCCGUCCCGAGACAUAUUAGUAUGCAACAUAAUACCGAUUUAUGUGCAAAAUCGAAAGAUUUGUCAAAAGAGGAAGCUGCGAGAAAUUGGAUAGAAGAACGAAGAAAAAGGUUUCCCACUAAAGAUAACAUUAUAUUAUGCGAAACUGAAAAUCUAAAAAAAUCACAAAGAGGAGAGGUAAUCAAACAAAAAUGGGAUGCUCUUAAAACAACGAAUAAGGCGAGUACGCGCAGGGAAAUACCAUACAAUCAAAUAGUAUAUAAAACUGAUGACUAUUUUCAUUCAGACGAAACAUAUUUACAUUCUGAGAUAAAUAUUCUGCAGGAGGAAGAUUUUAGUGAAACAUGUUUCAACACACAGACAGAUUUCCCUAAAGAAACAGCCAACAAUAUUUUAGAUGAGGAUGCUAAUUUAUGUACGCCUAUUUUAGUAACAAAUUACAAAAUCGAAGAAGAGAAUGCUUUUCCUAAAGAAAGAAUGCAAAUGGAAGAUCUUCGAGAUUAUAAAAUAACAGAAAAUGCAAUUUUUAAAAGAACUUUUAAUUAUGCACAAUUUUGCACAAGUACAAGCAAAAAUAAAUCUAAUUAUCCAACAAUUAAUGAAAUAUCUCAGAAUCCCGUCAUUGAAUGUCAAGAUAAAUAUAAGUACAAAAGAAAUCAAAUAGUGAAAAAUAAAAGACUUGAGAAAGUUCCAAGUAGAUAUUAUAACAUCUUGCUAGAGAAGUUGCUCUCGCGUUCUAUACAACACGAAAGAAAUUUAAUUUUUCAAUCCUUAAAAUAUAUCAUAGAUAGCAAUUUUUUUGAGUUAUCUGAAGUGAAAAUAUUGCAAACAGGACUAACUACACAUGAGUCAUAAUGAAUCGACUGAAAUUUGUAAGUACAAAAUUCAUAAAAAACUUGAUACUAGUAAUUAAAAUGUAAAGUGAGGUAUCAUAGUUUAAAUUAAGAUCUACUUCCUUUCUUAACUACCUUUUUAUUCAUUUUUUUCAAGACAAAACGUUUUAAGCAUAAACAAAUAUAAAAAGAAAG